AUGGGUAAUCUACUCUCCCACCCCUCGCCGGGCGCCUCCGGCGGAAGAGUCGUGCUCUCCGAUGGCACCGUCCACGAGUUCGAGCGUCCGAUCCCCGCCGCCGAGCUCAUGCUCGACCACCCACGGCAGGUCGUCGCCGAGGUGCAGCUGAUCUCUGGCGGCAGUGGCAGCAGCGCUGAGCUCACUCGGCCGCUUCCCGCCGACCACGUACUGAACCCGGAGAAGGUAUACGCCAUGCUUCCGAUGGCACGGAAGAAGGCUGGGGCGUUGUCCGCCGAAGAGGUCCGCCGGAUCCUGGCAUCUCUCGGGGGGACACCCAGAAGGAGUGACAUGAAGGAUGUGGUGCUGACGGCGAAUGAAGCGGUCGGACGAAGGGAAUGGCCGGUGCCGGAGUUCUUGAUGAGGCAGCACUCAAGCAAGAGGUGGAAGCCAAGUCUACUUUCCAUAGAGGAGGGGCAUCCGAUGAGGAAGCUGCCUCACUGGUUGUUCUGA